AGCGAGGACGCUCCCAGCCAGCCUCCCAAGUCGGAGUCAGGACAUAAACUUUACGCACAAGUUUCCUUUAGGAGCAAAGCGGCGCUACAAGGUCAUAGAUGCAAGGCUAAAAGACACAACAUUCUUUCUCAUCUGGAAUAAAAUCUAGCCUGAAGAGAACCUUACUUUGAAGAACUGACUUACAUUUUUUAUUUAUUUUUUGUACUUCUUUUAUGCAAAAUGAACAUUCAGAGGGCAACGUUGUUUUUAUGUUGGAUGAUUCUGUGCAUGGACACCUGUUUAAGCCAGAGAGACUGCACAGGUGUGGACUGUCCUGUUCUGCAAAGCUGUAUUGAAACGGUUUUAGAGAAGGGUGCCUGCUGUCCCACCUGUACACAAAGGGGCUGCACCUGUGAGGGUUACCAGUACUAUGACUGCAUCCAAGCAGGCUUCCGGAAGGGGAAAGUCCCAGAGGGGGAAGCUUACUUUGUAGAUUUUGGAAGCACUGAAUGCUCCUGUCCCCAAGGAGGAGGGAAGAUAAGCUGUCAUUUUAUUCCGUGUCCUGAAAUCCCCCCCAACUGCAUUGAUAUUUCACAACCUGCAGAUGGGUGUCCGCAAUGUGGGCGGAUUGGCUGUACCUAUGGCAACAAGAAGUACGAGGCGGGACACUCCUUUCAGAUGGACAAUUGUCAGGUUUGCCACUGUCCAAAUGAUGGUGGGAGGUUAAUGUGUUCACCUAUCCCUGGUUGUGACCUUCGUAGUUCUAAUAAGCCCAUGUGGGCUACGACCACUGAGAACAACAACCCUUUAAGAGACAUUAGCAGCCAUGAUGACAACCGACAAAUGAGUCCUGUGGAACCAUUUUCCAAGCUGGCAGUGGGAAACACUUUACCACUGUAUAAGCAGGACCCACCCAGUUUUGGCACAGGGCAUUAUGACUACACACUGGCAGGGCCAACGUCCUCCACUAUCCAAGAUCUGGCCCAACCAUUGGAAUCUACUACAGUACCACUAGCUUAUCCAGAGUCAAGCUCCAAUUCCUUCAGCUCCCAUGAUGACAGGAGACAUGAGCUGAGGGAGACACAAACAAGCUCUGAUUCAGAGAGGAGCAGUGAGGCUGAGGUCACACAUAACAUGGAUCCAACCACUACAGGGGCUCAGAGCGAAACAUCAACAUCGCUAACAACCACACAGGGAGUGACCACAGAGAACCACAGGCCGCAGCAGGAAGUUGCUGACAGAACCAUUAGACAUAACAGUGGCAGAAACAGAGUGGCACAGGACACUUUAAAAGACACAGCAUACGGUGCCCGUGCAAACAAGGGGGCCAGGCACUUUGGCCAUCACAAACAUACUCAAGGCAGUCACACAGGAAGUCAUGGCGGCUCCCAUUCUGUUGGCCAUAAGGAACAAGAAUCAGUGGAACACAGGCAGAUGCUCGGUAGAGAGGAGCAGACCUCAUACCCUUCAACACAGUUCAGUCCCACCAGCAGAGCUCCAGUCAGGAUGAGGGAGGAUAGAGAGCAGCCUCAAAGACAACCCCAAACCCUCUACAACUAUAAGUCUCAGGAUGUGGAGGGAGACGCCGAAGUGUCUGCCAAGGAGCUGGUCAAAACCUGCUGUGAGACAGGGGAGAAAUGGGCUUCAGUUAAUGGUCACUGUGACAACAUGGAGCAACCCACAAAAGAUAGGCACUCCAUCUGCUGGACUGCCCAACAACAGUGCUGCCGUGGUUCCCUGAGAGAAAGUCAGUGUUUGGCUGGAAUGAAUGCAGCCAGAGCAGGAAACAUGUGUCAAGAGGAUGUCAGCGAUAAAUGUGGGAUCGAUUCGUACAAGGAGUGCUGUGGCUGCUGCUCUCUGGGUCUGCAAUUCCACCGUGAGGGGCAUCGCUGCGAAGCCCACCAGUACCUGGGGUUCCAUUGCAGACAUGUCUUUCUAACCUGCUGCAAGGGGGAGGAGAGUAGGGCUGGGAAUCAAGACGGCUGGCACACUGUCAGAGAGAGGCCCACUCUCAACUCCACUCCACAACCAAUAAAAGUGUCUGACAGCCCGUACCCUAAAGAGGCCUUCUCCAUUGGUGAGGAGCGGGAUGGGGAGAAUGCAGUGGAGGGUCCUGUUGAGGUGGAGGACAUGGACGAGUGCCUGAUAUAUGAGGGCAACAUCUGCCACCACAGAUGUGUCAACACGCCAGGCUCUUACCGAUGUGAGUGCCUCCCUGGAUAUGUGCUGCAAGACGACGCUUUCACUUGUGCACAAGAGACGGUGGACAAGGAGAACAGACUGAAGGAGGAUGACAGAAUGGCAGUGGAGCCCACUCCACCGCUUCCGCUCCCCACCCACCCCCCUGUCCCAGUCAACCCCUGUGAAGGAAACAGCCCAUGUGAGCAACACUGCACCUCAGUGGGCGGAAGGCCACAAUGCUCCUGUUUCUCAGGAUUCUCCCUUAUGGCUGAUGGACGCUCCUGUGAGGACAUAAAUGAGUGUUUGUCCACGAGUGCCUGCCAGUUGAAUGAGCGCUGCAUGAAUACUGCAGGGAGUUAUAUCUGUCAGAGACCGAUCACCUGUCCCCCGGGAUACCAGAUCAGCAACGACAUUUGUGAAGAUAUCAAUGAGUGUGUGCAGCAGAGCCAUAACUGUGGGUUCGGCUUUGAGUGUGUGAAUACCGAGGGCUCGUUUAGGUGCAACCCCAAACCUCGAUGUCCUGUGGGCUUUAUCCACGACGUACAGGGCAACUGUAUAGACAUUGAUGAGUGUGGCCCUUCGUCCCAGCCAUGUAGCCUGGGAUUUAACUGCAUCAACACAGUGGGAUCCUACAUUUGCCGGAGGAAGAUACUAUGUAGCCGUGGCUAUCAUGCCAGUCCUGAUGGAUCCAGAUGUAUUGAUGUGGACGAGUGUCAGGGCAGUCUGCAUCAAUGUGGAGAGGGUCAGCUGUGCCACAAUCUGCCUGGUUCCUAUCGUUGUGACUGCCAGACGGGCUAUCAGUAUGACUCAUUCAGGAGGAUGUGUGUAGAUGUAAAUGAGUGCUGGCGCUACCCAGGCCGCCUGUGUGCCCAGACCUGUGAGAACACCCCAGGCUCCUACGAAUGCUCGUGUACCUCUGGCUUCCGCUUAUCCGGCGAUGGGAAGAACUGUGAAGAUGUGAAUGAGUGUUUGGCCAGCCCUUGCAGUCAGGAGUGUGCCAACAUUUAUGGUUCCUACCAGUGCUACUGCAGACAGGGCUACUACCUCAGGGAGGAUGGGCACACCUGUGAAGACAUUGACGAAUGCUCCCAAAGCAUUGGCCAUCUGUGUACCUAUAAGUGUGUGAAUGUUCCUGGCAGUUACCAGUGUGCUUGUCCUGAAUAUGGGUACACCAUGUCUCCAAACGGACGCUCUUGCAGAGAUAUCGAUGAGUGUGCCACGGGGGCCCAUAACUGCUCUCUAGCUGAAACCUGCUACAACAUCCAAGGAGGGUACCGCUGCCUUUCUCUCAACUGUCCACCAAACUAUCGCAAAGUGUCCGACACGCGCUGUGAGCGGAUCAGCUGUCCUAACUACCUGGAGUGUCAAAACUCUCCUCUGAGAAUCACCUACUACUACCUCAGCUUCCAGUCCAACAUUGUCAUCCCUGCUCAGAUCUUCCGCAUCGGACCCUCCCCCGCCUACUCGGGAGACAACGUUAUCGUCAGCAUCACCCAGGGAAACGAGGAAAACUACUUUAGCACCCGGAAGCUGAAUGCCUACACAGGCGCUGUGUACUUAAAUCGACAGGUCGAGGGUCCGAGGGAUUUCUUAAUUAAUGUGGAGAUGAAGCUUUGGAGACAGGGGACGUUUACCACUUUCCAGGCCAAGAUCUUUGUCUUCAUCACAGCCAACUCACUCUAACAGUUAGAGAUGUGCUGUGUGGCCACUAUGGACCUUUUUUCAUUAUCACUAUUUACUAUUUAACAAUGUCAUAAA